ACACUAGCCAACUAUUCGGUGUCGGAUGCAGUGGCGACGUAUUAUUUGUACAUGAAAUACGUACAUCCGUUCAUAUUCGCGUUGUGUACGAUCAUUCCGCUUGGACCCGAUGAUGUUCUACGAAAAGGUUCAGGAACGUUAUGUGAGGCGUUGUUGAUGGUUGAAGCAUUUCACAACAAUAUAAUAUUUCCGAAUAAAUACAUUCAAUACGGUAGUAAAGUAACCGACGAUGGUCAUUUGAUUGAGAGCGAAACUUAUGUGGGUGGACAUGUGGAGGCGAUUGAAUCCGGUGUGUUCCGAGCAGAUCUUCCUGAAAGGUUUGUAAUCGCCCAAAUGGAUGAUUUCAUAAAACGACCGAUGCGAAUUGAAAAGCCGAAAAUUUAUCACCUCGAUGUUGGUGCAAUGUACCCGAAUAUUAUUUUGACCAAUCGAUUGCAGCCAUCGGCAGUGGUUGAUGAAGAGGACUGUAUGGCGUGUAUUUAUAAUACACCUGAUGCGAAGUGUAAACGUGUAAUGCGAUGGGAAUGGAGG